CCUCCCCUCGCCUAUUUCCACUCCAUCGUUCUCCUCCCUCUUUCCAAUUUUCAGUACAAGAAGCUCCAACAAUGAAGCUCCUUUCAAUGCCCAUUUUCUUGAUUUUUGCUCUCUUUUUGGUCUCGUCUGCCAUGGACAUGUCGAUCAUAGGCUACGACAUCACCCAAACGACCACCGCCGAUACCUCCGCGUCGAACUGGCGCACCGACGAAGAAGUCAACGCUAUGUACGAGUCCUGGAUCGUCAAACAUGGUAAAUUUUACAACGCCCUGGGAGAGAAGGAUAAGAGAUUUCAGAUCUUUAAAGACAACCUCAAGUACAUAGAAGAGCACAACUCCGGUCAUCAUUCUUACAAGCUUGGACUCAACAAGUUCUCAGAUCUGAGCAUUGAAGAGUACCGGUUAGGGUACACCGGCGCCAUUCCUAAGCGGAAGUCGAACAAGCUGAAGAGUGAUCGUUACUCUCCUCUUUCCGGCGAUGGCGAUGUCCUGCCUGAUUUCGUUGACUGGAGGUGCAAAGGCGCCGUCGCUGCCGUCAAAACACAAGGACAAUGUGGGGCUUCGUGGGCAUUCUCAGCAAUCGGAGCAGUGGAAGGGAUAAACCAGAUCGUGACAGGUGAUCUGAUCACACUAUCAGAACAACAACUCAUUGAUUGUGAUACAUCUAACUAUGGAUGUGAUGGUGGUUUUAUUACCGAUGCCUUUGAUUUCAUCAUCAAGAAUGGCGGAAUACACAGUGACAAAGACUAUCCCUACACUGCCAAAGAUGGAAAAUGCCACACUUCCAAGAAAAAUACCACACUUGUUUCCAUUGAUAGUUAUGAAUAUCUUCUGGAGGAAAGCGAGUUAGCAUUACAGAAGGCUGUUGCAAACCAGCCUAUAUCUACUGGUAUUGAUAUCAGUAGCAGGGAUUUCAUGUUAUACAGUUCAGGUAUCUUUAGUGGUGUAUGUGGAGAGUUAGUAAACCAUGGUGUAGUUGUAGUUGGAUAUGGAACUGAAAUUGGGAAGGACUACUGGGUGGUGAGGAGCUCAUGGGGUGCAGAAUGGGGUGAAGAAGUAAUUAAUAAUCCCAUAGGGAAAGAAAAACAUGACCAUUGAUCUGAUUUGUGUUAUUGAAGCUUAACUAGAAACUAAUUCAUCACCAUUGAUUAUAUCAAUUGCAUUUGAGUGUGACCUUUAAUAACGUAACACUCUUAUAGCUAAGGGGCCAUUUGAUAGUUGCCUAUUAAGUUGGAUGUGAUUAAAUCAAAGGCUGUUUGAGCUGAUUGAAUUAGAUACAAUUUUUUACCAGACUUAAUAAGAGACAUAUCAGAGGUUAUGAGACUAAGUCAGACCUAGCUAAUUGUAGUAUCAAACAUUUUGAAUAUGACAGAGUCAGACCUAGUCUGUUACCAAUCUUGAUUGAUAAGAACCUAGUAAGAGCCAAUCUAGUCUAUUACCAAUCUAAUUAGAACCUAGUAAGAGGCAUAUCAAACAAUCCAUAAGUGUACAAGUCUAUAUCAUACACACAAGGUAUAGAAAAUAAUUCAAUGUGAAAUCUAUAUAGUUCAAUCUCUCAUUUCAUAUUGUUGUGGCUUUCCAUAUUUUUAACAAUUGAUUAUAGUAGAUUCACACAUCUCUUUACACGACCAACCAAUCUUAAGCAUUAGCAUGUUCAUGUCACUUUAGAUCUUAGGGAGGAGGGAGUCCUUCCCUCCGAACCCACUCAAUCCACCGCCACAUCAAAUUUUUAUUCUCUUUUCUCUUUUAUCUUUUCCAACCUACAACAUAUGGAAACCCUAUCUUUUUUAAUUCACUCAAGCCACUCAAUUAAAAACAUACAAAAAAAAUUAAUGUACAAGUCUUAAAACACAUAGUACAAGAAAAAAAAAGAGAAAAAAAUAGAGUACAGAGAAAAAAGGAAACGGCUUCCUCAAAUGGCUGAAGAGUACUAAUUCUUCAAACCACUCCAACCCAAAGCUUGAAGGGUCCUAUCUUGGACCCAAAGCUUGAAGGGUCCUAUUUUGGAGGUACCGGUGAUACCUCCCCUCAAAAACACAUGAUACUCACCUCCCUUAUAAUGAAAGUCACAUCUUGAAAUAUGCUAAUUUGGUGUCAAUGGAAGACUUUAAAUACCACUACACGGUUUUGUUACAAUUAUAAAAUUUUAUGAUUAUAGCAACGGAAGUUAAACAUGACUGAAUUGAUAGUUGUCCAGGAGAUUGACGAUUAAAAUAUGAAUACUAAAUAUUAAACCCAAGGAAUCAUGCACUUGAUAAUUAAAAAUCACUCUUUCUUAGCCCGGACGG